CUGCAGCUUACUUGUGAGGCCGAGAUACUCCAGCACCAUACGUCCAUACCGGUGCGGGCGGGGAGCCCGGGGGGUAGGUCUACGUAGUCGUGGGACGACGAUGAUAGGGUGGGGCGACGUGUACAAGGUGGUGGCGGCCAUGGCGCCGCUCUACUUCGCGCUGGGGCUCGGUUACGGCUCGGUGCGGUGGUGGAAGCUGUUCUCGCCGGACCAGUGCGAUGCCGUGAACCGCCUCGUGGCCUACUUCGCCGUGCCCUUCUUCGCCUUCGACUUCGCCGCGCGCAUCGACCCCUUCGCGCUCAGCUACCGGGUCCUGGCCGCUGACGCGCUGUCCAAGCUUGCCGUCGCGCUCGCUCUCGCUGCCUGGGCCACCGCAGCAGCGUCCGCGUCCGCGCGCCGUGGCGGCGGCGGCAAGGGCAAGGACAGAGCCCUGUCGUGGUGCAUCACGGGGUUCUCGCUCGCCACGCUCAACAACACGCUCGUCGUGGGCGUGCCGCUCCUGGACGCCAUGUACGGCAAGUGGGCGCGCGAUCUCAUCGUGCAGAUCUCCGUGGUGCAGAUCAUCGUCUACUUCCCCGCUUUGCUGCUCGCGUUGGAGGCCAGGCGCGCCGGCAAGCUGGCCGUCGUCGCGGAGGAAGCUGCAGGUGACGCUGACGAAAGCGGCGGCGGCGGCUCGGGUGGCGGGACGACGGCGGCUCAGUCGUUAUGGCCGCUGGUCACAGCGGUCUGGAAGAAGGUGGCGAGGAACCCGAACGUCUACGCGGGCAUUCUUGGCGUCUCGUGGGCUUGCGUCACCAACAGGUGGCACAUCGAGACGCCGAGCAUCAUCGAGGGCUCCGUGCUCGUCAUGUCCAAGACAGGCGUUGGCCUCUCCAUGUUUAGCAUGGGGCUGUUCAUGGCGCUGCAGGAGAAGGUCAUCGUGUGCGGCGCCUGGCCAACCGUGCUCGGCAUGGCGCUGCGGUUCGUGGCCGGGCCGGCCGCCACCGCCGCCGGGGCCGUGGCUCUCGGCCUCCGCGGCGACGUCCUGCGCCUCGCCGUCAUGCAGGCCGCGCUCCCCCAGUCCAUCACCACGUUCGUGUUCGCCAGGGAGUACGGCCUGCACCCGGAGGUGCUGAGCACGGCGGUUAUCUUCGGGACGCUGGCGUCGUUGCCCGUGCUCAUCGUCUACUACAUUGUUCUAGGCUUGAUACGGUGUUAGUUAAUUAGCCAUGAAACGAGUAGAGUUACCUUCUUUUGUCAGUGAUGUACCCCUUAUUAGUCGUCGUCAGCAAACAAUUAGAAUAUUAGCUGCCCAUCAAUGCAAGCUUGUGUGUUUGCUCUUCUGUAACAAAUAAUUAAUGGCCACUGUGCCUGAUUCCGGG